CGGGGCCCAGCCGGACCGUGCGCGGCCCCAGCCCCGUCACCGCGGCCACAGACAUUCACCGCGCCCUGGGUCCUCCCCUCAGCCCCGCGGGCCGCGCUCCCUCCGGCGUCGCUGCCACCCCGGGCCCCGCUCGGCCCCCGAGUCCCGCUCAGUCCCGGGCCCCUCUCAGGCACCGCUGGGGCCGCUGUGCCAGGGACACUGGUGUCCGGGCCUCCAUGUAGCAGGAGAUUAGCACCUGGAGAGGUGCAGCCCCGGCCCCGGGAGUUGCAGCCCCGGCCCGAGAGGUGCAGCCCAGCCCGGUUAUGUGCCCAGGGCUCCUGGGCUGCGUCACACCGAGUCUGGUGGGGUCGUUUUGUUUACCCGGCAUCUGGAUUUCCUCAGCCUUUGCAAACAGAGCGGUGUGGUGUGAGGUGACAGACGUGCCAUGGACAGGAGGGAUAACGGGGGAACUGCCAGUGUUGGAGGGAAUKCUGGUACAAGGAUUGAUUGAUUUCUUUCUUUCUGUCCAAUGAUUGCAGCAAGUGCUCGCAGCACGGCCCUUUGUCAUUUCCCARGAAAACUCCAAAAGCAAAGCACUUGUUUUACUGCCAACAUCCUCCAUUAUCCUUGGUGAAAUCCAUCAGUGUAUCCCGACAGACCAUUCCUAAUGCAAUGGGAACGAUGCCGUGAGGCCUGGURAGAUUUGGCCAUAGCCAUGACAGAGCCCCACAGGGUUUCGUUCACCACUCUGCACGGACCCCUGAGCAGCAGCUUCCUGAAAAGGUCUCGGAAGGACGAUGGAGAGCAGCCCCCGGAGCCGGAGCCGGCGGCCACGGCCGUUCGAAUCACUCUGACCCUCUUUGAGCCGGAUCACAAACGCUGCCCCGAGUUCUUCUACCCAGAUCUCCUCAAGAGCUGUCGAGGGAAAGUCAAAGGGGGUUCUUCAGGUGACAAGAAGAAAGACCCGGCUGAUCCCUUCAAUGAUGAGGAAAAGGAAAGGCAUAAAGUGGAGGCUCUUGCUAGGAAGUUUGAAGAAAAAUACGGUGGGAAGAAGCGCAGGAAGGACCGGAUUCAGGAUUUGAUUGAUAUGGGGUAUGGCUACGACGAGUCCGACUCCUUCAUCGAUAACUCGGAAGCUUACGAUGAGCUGGUUCCUGCAUCUCUCACUACCAAGUACGGGGGGUUUUACAUCAACUCAGGAACGCUGCAGUUCCGGCAGGCCUCUGAGUCUGAGGAUGACUAUGUCAAAGAGAAGAAGAAGAAGUGUCCCAAGAAACGGAAGUUGAAAGAUGGAGGUGAAAAAAUAAAGAAAAAGAAGAAAGAUGAUUCUUACGACAAGGAAAAGAAAUCGAAGAAGUCCAAGUUUCCAAAAGCUGGCUUCACAGCAUUAAAUGCAAAUAAGGAGAAGAAGAAGAAGAAAUACUCUGGAGCUCUCAGUGUCAAGGAGAUGCUGAAGAAGUUUCAGAAAGAGAAGGAUGCUCAGAAGAAAAAAGAUGAAGAGCAGAAAGUGGUGCCUCCUUCCCCAUCAGACCCCACGGCCCCGAGGGAAGCAGAGGCCAUGGCUGACCCUUUGCUCUCACUCUUUGGCCACGCCAGUGACAGUGACCUGCUCCAGGCAGCCACUGCCAUGGACUCCUUGAGCGACCUGGACCUGGAGAGGCUCCUCAGUGAGUCCCCAGAGGGCAGUCCCUUCCCUGAGGUGGAGGAUGGCAGCGAUCCUGSUGGCACAGGCUUGGAGCAGGAGUUCAAGCAGCCCCCGUCCCUCCCAGAAGGGCUGCCAGCCCCCCUGGARAAACGGAUCAAAGAACUGGCUCAGGCUGCCAGAGCUGCCGAGGGAGAAGGCAAGCAGAAAUUCUUCACUCAGGACAUCAACAACAUCAUACUGGACAUCGAGCUGCAGACGCGGGAGCUGAGCAGCCAGGUGCGCUCGGGGGUCUACGCUCACCUGGCUGCCUUCUUCCCCUGCAGCAAGGACACGCUGCUGAAGCGAGCCCGCAGGCUGUACCUCUACGAGCAGGGUGGCCGGCUGAAGGAGCCUCUGCAGAAGCUGAAGGAAGCCAUUGGAAGGGCCAUGCCAGAGCAGGUGGCCAAGUACCAGGAGGAAUGCCAAGCCCAUACUCAGGCCAAGUUUGCCAAGAUGCUGGAAGAGGAAAAGGACAAAGAGCAGCGARUUUGUUCUGAUGAUGAUGAGGAUGAAGAAAAGGGAGGGAAGCGCGCUGCAGGUCCACGGAAGAARUUCCAGUGGAAUGAUGAAAUCAGGGAGCUGCUUUGCCACUUGGUGAAGAUUAAGGUGGAUGGUUAUGACCUUGACAAGAAUAAGGCUCAGUCUCUAGAGGAUUAUAUGAAGACCUUCCUAGAAGGAGAGGUGAAGCCCCUUUGGCCAAAAGGCUGGAUGCAGGCCAGGGCGAAGAAGAAAGUUAUUGCUCCUACUAAGGUGAAAGUGAAGGACUCUUCCUGCAAGCCCGACAAGAAGCUGUCGGUGUCUGUCCCUUCCCUGCACUCRAGCAGCACCUUGGCCAUGUCUUCAGAGCCCCAGGGAGGAGCCCUGGGCAUCAGUGSCCAAACCAGGGAACUCCUGUCCCUUGGGACAGCCCAAGCUGCCAGCAGCACUGCCACUCCUGCCACCUUCAAGGACGACUCCUUGGAUGAGGACUUGAUUCACAACCCCACCUCCUCCCUGGAAGCCGUGUCCAAGGAAYUGGCUGUGCUGAACAGCAGGGCGGGAGGGAGCCCUGACUUCACUCUUCCUGCAGCUCCAAAAGCUCCACCAGAGAAGAUCCCAACUCUUGCAUCCUCUGAGGAGAAGAGGACAUUUCCAAAGCCCAACCCUUCCCCUGCAUCWUCCUCUGGUUCCCUCCAGUCUCCUCUGAACUUCCUGGCUGAGCAGGCCCUGGCAUUGGGCCAAUCUUCACAAGACAAGAAGACAGAGAACUCUAAUUACAAAGAGCAUUCCUGCCAAGCCUCCCCCAGCAAAACCCUUCCUGAUACCCACCAGKCUAAGCAGAAGCACCACAGCCUGGUCAGGCCGGGACACGGGCCCUCAGCCCCGGUGCCAGGCUCUCAGGUGAAGGUGUUCCACCCUGGUGCUCAGCUCCAGAAAACCUUCACCUCCCCAGCUCCCUUUGUCAAACUGCAGAAUCCCAAGUCCUCMACCCCUCUGCCCCAGCGCUCCCUCCUCCAGCAGGUCAAGUCAUCAACCAAAGCUCAGAGCUUCCAUUCUUCCACGUCCCCAAGCAGCACCCAAAACUCCAGCAGCUCCCACAAGAGCCAGGGCUCAUCCUCGUCAUCUCUCAGCUACGCCGGGAAGCACUCGAGUGGCUCCGGCUCUUCAGGACAAUCCUACAAAUCGCCUUUCGUUGCUGGGUCCCUCUCCAAGCACGGGGCUUCUUCUGGCAGCUCCUCUGGAGCUUCUGCAAACCAGGGCAGCUCCUCUGGGAAUUUGCUUCCCGGCAUUGCAGCCUCUUCCUCGGGCUCGGCCUCCAGCCGCCCGGCCUCCGGCUCCUCCGUCAAGAAAACUCCCGUCUCSCAGAAGCUGACCCUGGUGGCACCUCCAGGGGGCUCCAACGGAGAUUCCAGUGGGGGCACCCAGGGGGUGGCCAAGCUGCUGACCUCGUCCCUAAAGCCAGCUGUGGUCAGCAGCACCGCAGCCUCUACCUCUGUGCCGAAAGGAACUAGCGGAGCUGUGCUGCUAACAAGUUCUUCCUCCYUAAGUGUACUGGCUCCAUCCUACAAGUCCAACAACCCAAAGCUGCCAGCUGCCCUGAGCUCCACCCCRUUAGGUAUUAUCUCUCCUAUUCAUUCAUUCCCUCUCCAUGUCAUCUCCUUCAGUUCCGACUCCUCCCCAAAAGCAGGAGUGUCCAAGGAUGCCAUCGUCACAGGACCUGCUCCGGGGACUUUCCACCAYGGCCUGGGGCACAGUCUUCUGGCUGGUUUGCACUCCAGCCCCCACCAUGCAGCGCCACUCCCACACUCUGCCCUGUCCACUCAUUUACCACAGAGUUUGCCAGAUGCUUCUCAGCUUCACGGCAAAGGGUCCAAUGCACAGCAGCGCAAGUUGUGACGCCUGUGAGGAGGGGAGAGACAGCACCUAUAGGAUAAAACCCAGAGGAGCAGCUCAUGGACUUUGGAUACCAGCUGUGUCUUUUGAUUGCUUUCGAUUUUUUGUCUUCUGUUUCUUUUUUUUUUACAACAACUGGAGAGACUGAACUGCACCGAGGAGCUCAUUGGGGUGUCUGCUCAGAAGUUUUCAGAGCUGAGCCCCAGCCACCGGGCCACCUUGAGCCAUGCCCUGAUGAGAGAGAGAAGCCUUCUGUAGCACUGUUUUAUUGCUGCUGCCCUUCCUGCAUUCCCUGGCACUGGCUGGAACUUGCAGGGACACUCGGGUGCUCCUGUGCUUKAUUUCCACCCGUGUCCGUAGCUGCCAAGUACCUCCAAGUCCAGUUACCUCCCUGGUCUCGCCGUGGAGGGUGUGAAAGGUGCUUCUUUCUUCUGCUUUGGAUUUACCUGGAUCAUUCUAGCACUGCCAGUGCUUUCUUGAAGACAUUUGAGUAACUUUCCAAUUGUACUAUGAAAGUGUGCUACACUCAAUUGGAGGGUUGAACAUUUGCUGUGUGGUGAGUGUGAGGAAACACCUGAUGUUCCCCUCUGGAGGAGAAGGAAGACUCUUUAGAGUCUUUAGAAGAGAGACAUUUUUAGAUGCAGUCAUUGACUUUUAGAAUUCUACUUCUUUUGGGUUUUUGGAUUUUUUUUCCCUCCAAAGGGAUGCUUUUUUCCUGCUCAGUUUUAUCCUCAUUGCCAUCGAAYGCAUUGGAUUGAAUGGGACACUUCUUGGCAUGUCACAUGGAUCGGGAGACAUAAUUCCAGUGCCUUUUAUGGUGGAGCAAGAAUGGACUAGUGACACACAUUUCAGCCCUAUUUUGUGUGCUCCUCAACCCUUUUUUAAUCAUUCUGUAUUUAAAAUGUGUUCUGGUUUAUUUAAUAGAGCUUUCUAUGGUUGCACAUAAAAAAAAACAAAACAAAAACAAAAGAGAAAGAAAAGCUGCACUGUCUGGACUUUAGUGGUGACCCGGUGACUGACUACAGUCCCAAAUCCAGCAGGAGCACCAGUUCUCAUCCCAGUAUGUGCAGGUGGGUUCCAGGCCCUCCCUUAAAGCCAUUCUUUCCUAGGGUUGUGAGUGAGGAUCCAUUUGGUGGGCAGAGAGAAUGAGUGAGAUGAACCAAGGUCACUCCUGUCAAAGGAAUUCCAGAGAAAACCACUGCUCUCCUCAAACAUCCUGCACCAGGGUCGUGUGCUUGGCACAGCUGCAGGAACAGGGACCAUCUACACCUGGGGGUGUGUUUUCUUGUUCAUUUUUUAACUUCUGCACUUAAAUGCUCCCCCUGAGCACCCCCUUUCAGGCUCAGGGCAGGCUGAGGUUCUACCUGAGCUUUUUGAGGUUUUGGUUUCCUGCUCUUCCCCAGUCUGUCUUCUCUCAGGCCCCCACAGCCACAUCCCAGUUGUGCAGGGGUAGUGCUGGUCCACGUAGAAUUUACUGAUAUUCUGAGGAAAAGCUUUUGGCUUCCUCCUCGAGCUUUGGGGAAGGCUGCUGACCCCAGAAUAUUAACAAAUGCCUGCUUUAGUUUCCCCURGUUUUUGUUGAGAUCAAGAAAGUCUGUUUUCAGUUGGAGUUGAUACAUAACUGCCCAAGAUCAAUGAGUUGAUUGUAUUUCAGAAUAAUGGAGACAGCUCAGAUUUCAAGUGUGUUUACAGAAAAUACYGAGGUUGUAGCAAAAGAGCCAAAGACAGAGCUGGUGUGGGUAAAACAAAGAGCAGCAGUUCCUGGUGGACUCUGAGCAGUGGAUGUCCCGUCCAAGGCCUGAGGGGUGCUUGGCACCUUCCCCUGGAAGCUGGGGACACCUGGCAGGACAGGRGCUCUCAGUGAGUGACUCGAGGUACCACUUCUCCUCCCUCUCUUUGCUUUCACUCGAAUGCUUCUGCUGGGAAGCCCCCGUGAGUGCGGCCGGAGCAGAAUGCCCUCCUUCUAGGAAUUUAGCGAAGCCUCUUGCCUCAGGGAAAUGUUUAUGUGGUGGGAAUUCUGUGGGGUAUUUUUCUUUACAUGCUAUAAUGAAUGAGUGAAUGGUGUGGAGCAGAGUGGCAGCAAGGCAGGCCCACACAGAGCAGCUGAGGGGGAGCCAGGCUGGCAUCUCUGCCUUGGCGAGGCAACUUGCAGCACUUCCAGGAUGGAAUGGGGAGGGAAGGCUCCCAUGGCACUUACUUGGGGAUGGCAGUUCCUUUUGGGUGUAAAAGCUGCAGUUUACUACUCUAUUUUUUGAUGUAUGUUGGGACUGUCUUGCUGAAGAUGGUGGGGGUGGUAUGGAAACUGUUAAUCUUGUACAGAACAACUGAAUAAAUUGUUUCAAACUUUCCAAAA